AUGCCGUUUGGACUAGUACCUCCAAAGACUGGUUUCCGAAUACGUAAAGAAUACCGCCGACUUACAAAAGAUGAACGUAUUCGGUUGCAUUCGGCUUUCAACGUGCUGUAUCAGAAAGGAAUAAUUCACAGAUUUGGACGUUUGCAUGCUUCUGCAACACGAAGUAUACACAGAGGGGCGUCAUUUCUUGCAUGGCAUAGAGUGUUCAUUUCUGACUUAGAAGAAGAACUUCGUAAGGUUGACCCAACAGUUUCGCUGGCUUACUGGGACUAUACCAUGGAUAACAACAUGACACUCCCCAGUGAGUCUGUAGUCUGGACGCCAUGUUUCUUCGGUAACGGAAAUGGCACUGUCACGAAUGGGCCGUUUAGGGGUUGGUACGGAGGUAGGAAUCUCCCUAUACAGCGUGAUUACGCACGUGACGAAUGUGACAAUGGUAGACUGCUCAACAAGAUGGAUAUUCUCACUGUAUUGUCCAAGUGCCGGUUACAGGAUAUCUCUGCACCACCGGAUGAAGGGAGAUCAAACUUGGAAUCGUUGCACGAUAAUAUCCAUAAUUGGGUUGGUGGUGAUAUGGGUGACCUUGGCCUUUCGGCGUUUGAUCCACUCUUUUAUUUCCACCAUGCUUUUGUGGAUUACAUAUGGGAGUUGUUUAGAAGAAAUCAAGUGUUAAGGUGUGGAGUUGAUCCCGAAACUGACUAUCCGAUAGAUAAACUGGCAGCUGAUGACCGUGACGGCCAUAGAGCCUUCGACAGAAUGUAUGGCUAUGAGCACUUACGCAAUAUCGACGGACUAUCACAUAUAUUCAUCAAAAAGUUUUACAAGUAUGAGACGGUCCCUCAAUGUCCUGACUGUGGGUCGACAUAUUUAUACUGUGAUAAACGUUUACAGAUCUGUGUAUCACGUGACAGGAGUGCAUGUGAUAUACCACCAGGCAGGAACACGUACGUAGGAAGUGGAUUUGAAGGUGUAGAGGUUGGGUUUACUGGGAGAGUGGACCCAGGUUUUCUCCAGUUUCCUAAGCUGCACCCUUUCCCUAACAAUCACGAGGGUGACAGACGACACCGGGAUAUGUCACACGAAGAAGCACAUGCUAUUCAAAUGCGGGAAUCGGGUACUAGACUGUAUUCCGAUUUGAAAUCGCCUUUUUCACCGGUGUACUCCCUGCAGCCGGGAAUGUUCGGUUCGAAAGGUCAAGGACGUCCUUUUCAGUUUCACAACGGCUUUGGCAGCUUUUCACAAUAUGAUGCUAUGUACUCUCCUCUUGCAUGGCCAUACAGGCGUCCAUUUUCACAAGGAUUAGGUAACCGUUUUCUGCCUCCGAAUCCUGUUCCAUUUUCCGGAAGUGUGAUGUCAUAUCCGUCAGUUUUCAGCUACAAUACCGGAAGUUUACAGUUUCCACAAUAUUCACCGAACAGACCUUUUGUGACUUCACAGAAAGGAUAUUACAACUAAAUUCAGACUAUUAGAAUUUUGGAAAAUUUGGUAAAGGAUUGUUCGACUAGUGCUAUCUUAACAACAAUAUUAAUUUCCUUGGAAGUCCUCGGCUGUCUGUUCAUGACAAUAUUUAAGUUGUUCAUACAUUUGUUGAGAUGUUCUUUGAAUUUUGAACGUAGUUCUGUGCGUUAUAUAAGUUGUUCAAUACAGUGUUAAAAUUGUUUUGUACAUUUUAUAAAUUAUUACGUAGAGUAACUAAGCUGUUAUAUAUGAUAGACAAAUUGUGCAUUUUGUAAUUUGUUCUGAUUGUUUUCGAGCUGUUUUGUACAUCUUUUAUAAGUUGUAAAUAUAGAAUUAUUAAUUUGUUCUGUUCUUCUGCAUUUUGAAAGCUGACGGUUAUUAGAAGUAAUUUGCCUUUAGCCUGCCGGUGGAAAGUGAUUCAACCUUUGCGAUCAGUGCAGGCCAAGAUACGUGUAGGCUGAUCGUGCUCUGCACUGUUCGCUAUUCAAUCAGUAAAUUUUGAGCGAACAUCCCUCUGAAUAAUAAGUGGUACUGUCAAAAUUGAAUGGGGGACCGGUCCAUCUUAGAGCAGGCUAAGGGCUAAAAGUUGGUAUGGGUAUUUCGUAUCUUAUGUAGAAUUUAUUGUGAAUAUUACAAGUUGCUAUGUGCAUUUUACUUCUUGUUAUCGUAUUGAAUAAUUUUCCGCCGUCACAAGUUGAUUAUGUCAAAGUAACAGGAUCUACAUUUGGAGAAAUUUUACUUUUAAACUAUAUGUAACCACUUGUUUAAGUCAUAUAUCAAUUUACGAAAUGAACAAAACUAGUUGCAAAAUGUAUUUUCAAAUGCAUAAA